AUGAAUCGAUGGUCACAUGUUGCAUGCAUCUUUAAUUUAGCAACACAAACACAACAAAUCUACUUAAAUGGAAACCUCGAUGGUUCUCAUUCAUCAGUUGCUUUUCAAGGUUCAUCAGGUGAUACGACAAUCGGUGUUACUUAUUUGACACCACCAGGUUCGAACUAUUUCAAUGGUUACCUCGAUCAAAUGCAAUUCAUAUCAAGAGCAAAAAAUGCUAGUGAGAUUUUACGUGAUGCAACUCUUAUCGCCUAUUAUUCAUUUGAUAAUGGUUCAACAGCUGACAACGGUCCAAAUGGUAUUAAUGCAACGGCUAUAGGAAGUCCAGCAAUCGUAACAGGAAGAGUUAAUCAAGCACUUCAAAUGAACUCAAGUGCCUAUGUUCGUAUAACUUAUCCAUCAUUUAUCAUGUUGGGAAUGUCCAGUCAAUCACACACAUUUUCGUUAUGGGUAAAGCCAAUAAAUAUUUAUGCGGUAUCAACUAUUUUAUUUGUUAGUAAAACAGGUUGGUGUGUUAGUGUCAUAACAAUGACAUCAAAUGGUAAUGUCAUGGCAUAUUCAUAUAACGGUAAUCCUAUAACAGUGUCAGGUCCUGUUCUUGCUCUCAACGCUUGGACUCAUGUUGCUUUUACAUACAGUUCAAGCAAUGGUGGUAGACUCUAUACUAAUGGAACUUUAUUUUCUACUUCAGCAGUCUUUAACUAUAUUGGUGCGGGUGAUUCUGUCUCUGUAACUAUAGGAUAUAAUUUAGGCUUGAAUGGUUGUACACCAGGAUAUGGUGGUGGAUUUACAGGUGCUUUGGAUGAAUUCUAUGUGUACAGUCGUGAAUUAACAGCAUCGGAAAUUUUCGCAUUAGCUAAUCCGUAA